AUGCAGUGCAAGACGUUUAUCCACCAGUUGCACGGGAUUCUCGCGCGCGCAGAGCUGGAGUCGCUGAUCUGGUGGGUCGCGGAGGCGGGCGGAGGGGGCGGAGCGAGCGACGCGAGCCACGCCGGGGCCGGGCCAGACCCCGGCGUGUUCGCGCUCCGGCCCUACGACGCGCAGUUUGCGUGUCGCGUGCUCAAGCGGUUCUUCAAGCACGGCAACGUGAGCAGUUUUGUGCGGCAGCUGCACAUGUACGGGUUCCACAAGCUGGGCGCCAGCAGCAGCCCGACCCGCCAGGCGCGCGACGCCGUCGUGUGGAAGUUUUCACACCCGUCCGGUCUGUUCACGCGAGACUCGAAGCUGGCCGGCCUGAACCGGAUCCAGCGCAAGACUAGCGGUGUGGGGCGGGAUGGGCGUCGUAAAAACGUCUUGUCCCCUGUAUGUGUCAACUACGUCGAGAGCAAGACCCCCCUGGCGCCCUCGCGCCCGGCAAGCGUCCCCAAUCCCACCGACGCCUCCGGGUCUCCCGCCGGGUCUCCCGCGGAGUCUCCCGCGGUACCGAAGGCCCGGGUCGCUCCGCUACCCAGUCUGCGGCCGCCCCUCGCCGAGGGUCCGCCCCCGCGCUGCUGGUCGUCCCCCGAAAUAUCGCAGGCGACCUUCACGCUCAAGCCUUCUGCAGUACCGCCGCUCCCGCCCCUCGUGCACCCGUUCGCGGGCCAAGAGCUCAAUCGACUGCACGUCAACAUCGACGUGCUCCAACGAUGCAUGGUCUCGACGUUGGACCUGCUGCAACACUACCCGGCGCAAGACCCAGCUCCUAUACUCGAGAGCUUACAAGCUCUCAAAAACGAGCUCAUAAGUACCGAUGUGGGUUGGACACAGCUGCAGGCUUCCUUGCUCCCGUCUGGCCACUCUAGCUUCAGCAGCGUAAGAUCCUCUACGGCACAUCUGCUUCCGACGCACGAUAGCCGAUUUUCCAGUUUAUCGUCCCAGAAAAACUCCAUUUUCAGCAAUCCGCGUUUUAGCAGCGUAGAUCAUCACAAACAUCCGUCGGCUAGUCUAGGCGGCGCCCGAACCAGCUUUGCCGAUCUCGGGGAAUCCGAAGAAUUCGAAAAGAAGUCUUGA